ACCAGCCACAGUCUCACAACGAGCGACGUUCGCUCUUUGUGAUGUAUCGGCUUGCCAAACUUAAACCUUCCUCGGAACCAAACGCUCUAUGCUAGCAAGUCGAGUUAGUUAGUGUGUUGUUUAUUCAUUGCACUCUCGAAGCUGUGUAAUGUAGGGGCAGUACGGAUUUCAGUGAAUUUCUUUCGAUCGAAAUGUAGUAAAACGAUCGUGUCUGUGACGAGAAUUGUACUUGUGGUCUUACUGAAUGUAAAUUAAGUUUUUUUUGCAUUCACUUUGCUUAGCUUUCGAUUUCGAUCAGUUGUGAUAAGUGCGUUUUGGGGAAGUGCUUCGUGUUUUUGGCCUGGUUACCCAGAGAUUUCAACCCCACAGAAGUGCGUGUGCGACUCCAUAACAUGUGGUUCCUAUCUAAAUAUCUUCUCUAUACUCUCAGCCAGCAUUGAUAAGAUAGUGUCCACAUUUCACUACCGGGUCUGAUAAAGUGAAUGUAGUAAAUCAAUCAAAAGUGCAAAAGUGUACCAAACCAUCAUAAGCCUGGCUGAAGUUUCGCGGAACCUUCUUCAAAGUUCAGUGAACCAAAAUUCAAAUUAACUUCACCGCUGCCGAAACCAAAUUUCUAAGAGAGCACACAUCAGCUAUAACUUUGCCAAAUAGUGCAGAAGUGAGUGAGAAGAAUUCAGGAAAUCGAAACGACGAGGGAAUCAUCGUCAGCAAACAUUAUAAUCAUCCUAUAGCUGACCAGCAGCCAGCAGCAGCAUCAUCAACAUCAUCGCGGCCUCAAUGAUGCAAAACCCCAAACGAGCAGCUGCUUUCAAACUACGAUUCGUCUGAUUAUUCGUGGCAGCACAGUGUUGGUUAGAGUUGGACCUACUUACUCUUACUGGCUGGGUGUUGUAGAGGUCCGGGAGAUUGUACAUUUUCGGGUGCACCUGCCACCGGCCGCCGCGUGUCCGGCUUGCGCUUUUGCCUGGUGUGCGAUCGCGGUGAAGAAUCAUGGGCGGUAAUUGUUCGGCCUGAAGUGCUGCUGAUGGUCUUAUUCCGGUUCCCGGGCGCAGUCUAUCUACUGAAGUGGCAGCAGCUGAAGAUGGUCGUGGACCGAUUCUGUGUAACUUGCCCAACGAGAGCAUGUCAACGAGAAUGCUAGGAAAGGUACCGUUGCACACUCUCUUCGGAACAACAAAGUUCAACAAUUGUACUCGAAGGUAGAAUAGAAACAAAUUUCAUACAUUCGGGAUUCUCGAGAGGAUUAUAAACUUGCCAGAGCCACUUUGCCAGCAUGAUGUCCGAGGACGAUAUAAGUAACAAGAGAUUGCUUCUCGAAAGGGCCAAUGCCGAGAGGGAGUCCAUAUUCAAACGGUACGAUCGCGGCCGAAAGGAUAUAGAUAUCGAUUUUUGGGAUGACCCCGCCUUUAAAGUUUAUACCCAAGCCGACCGAUAUGGUUUUCUUCAGCCGGAAAAGGAGGAACAAGCAACCGACGAUCUGGACGAAAUCCGACGGAAACAUGUCGAGGUGGAACGGUGCAAAAAAUGGCUAAAAAUGUUGAAAAGUUGGACCAGUACGGCCACAAAGGAUCGUCUGCAACGGCGGGUGUUAAAGGGCGUUCCGGACCGAAUGCGUAGUGUGGUUUGGAGCAAAAUGUUGAAUCUAGAGCAAAUGAUACGCGAUAAUGCGGGUGUGUACGAUAAGAUGCUAAAGUUUGCCCGUCAAUAUAGCCCGGACAUUCGACAGAUCGAUUUCGACGUCAACCGGCAGUUUCGCAAUCACAUCAACUACCGCGAACGAUACAGCGUCAAGCAGCAAAGUUUGUUCCGGGUGCUGGCCGCCUACAGCAUGUACAACAUGGAGGUCGGCUACUGCCAGGGCAUGUCAACGGUGGCCGCGGUUCUGCUGAUGUACUUUGAUGAAGAGGAUACGUUUUGGGCGCUAAAUGCGCUACUCUCCACCGAACGUUACGCCAUGCAUGCCCUGUAUGUGGAAGGGUUUCCCAAACUGAUGCGAUUCCUGCAACAUCACGAUAAAAUCCUCACGAAAUGUUUGCCCAAAGUAAAGAAGCACCUGGACAAGCACGGAGUCGAUUCGGUUCUGUACUCAUUGAAGUGGUUCUUUGUGAUUUUCAUCGAAAGGAUACCAUUCGGUCUCUGUCUUCGCGUGUGGGACAUCUACAUGCUGUACGGCGAACGAGUGCUGACGGCCAUGGCCUACACCAUCCUCAAAAUUCACAAAAACAAACUACUCCGGAUGAAGGACAUGGACCAGAUCACCGAGUUCCUGCAGACGACACUGCACAAAGAUUUCGGCCACGACGACGACACUGUGAUAAAGAAUCUGCAGCUGGCGAUGAUCGAUCUGAAGAAGCUCAAUCUGGACAAACUGCCGGCACCGCCAGCCACCGAAGGUCCCAAGUAUCCGUUCGGCCAGUUUAUUGAACCAAGCCUGGACCAGAAGAUCGGCCAUCGGCACGAACAGUUUACCGAGAAAGAGACGGAACUGAAAGAGAUUGUGCUGCACCGGAGUGAAUCGAAAGACGCGGCCGAUGACGAAGAUGACGACGACGGGUUGGAGAAUGAGCAAAGACGGCGGAAUGGCGACGCGGUAGAGAUCGUGGAUAUCCGUGUCAGCGACGGGCGAGAUCUAGUGAAUGACGAAGAUGAUCGUACCGAACGAGACUGUGAUGAUAUCACCGAGGACACGAUCAGCAAUCUGCACACAGAUUACGAAGACGGUAGCAUAACGAAAAACUCCCUAACGGGCACUUCCGUCACUUCGACCAACGAUGUCAGCAUUACAUCGUACGAGCGUACCUGUGAUAUCUUCCGGCUGUCGUCGCAGCAACAUCCGGUCGGCAAUGGCACCGGCGGCAACAAUUCCCUAUUGGGAUUGGAGGAUCGUCUCGAUGACGACAGUAUCAGUAUUAUAUCGACGCAACUGCUGGAUGGAGGUGGCAGUGGGGGCAGCUUCGGCGCAACGGAUCUCCACUCGCUGGGGAGCGAUGCUCCCGUCAUUAUCACCAUCACUAACGGACACGUGACUUCGGCCGCCGAGGAGCAAGAGGAAGACGAGGACGAAGUUACGGAGAAACAGAUUUCUAGCUAGGAGCAGGAACUGAAACGAUUUUUCCCGGUCGGUGGUAGUUGACAAUCAGAACCCGUCCGUGAAUGUAUCAAGAAGAAGUCUGGUGUGAAACGUCACUGCCCCUUGGUGGAAUCUUGGAAGCCAGCUCUAUAUCUAAGGGAUUUUUUCCCGGUUCAGACCUAACCUAAUAUACCGUUGCAUCCUACAGCAGUACGUGUACUUAGUGUAUAAGCAAUAAUGUAUCAACUAUUGAAAAAAGUAUUGGAUUUUUAAACCUUUGUCGUUCGAUAAGGCAAACAUUUUUGGACUAUACCGUUUACUAGCAAAUAGUUCAUGAAGAAGGCUCAGUUGUGUAAGCUGUUUUCUGCAACAGAAAACUCGUGGCAUUCGUUGUAACAAGGAUUAUUGAUUGAUUCGCGCAAUAACGUGGAAUUGUUUCGUGUACGAAACUGUGUUGUGGUUUUUUCUUUUUACUAUAUGAUGGAAUAUUAUGAA